AAUCAGGAUGACAGGAUGUAAAUUGUAAACCUGGGAAAUGACGAUUUUGAGGAAAUUAUUCACCCUGAUAAGACCAGUGUUAUAAGAGUGUGGCGUCAUUUACCUGGCCCUAUCAUCCGCCACUAAUUAUCCUUCGGUAACUUGAGAUACCUUCUAUCAUCUGACAAAAUAUAUCACAGAGUUGAGACAAUUUCUAGCGAUGCCUCCUUCAGGUUAUUUAAAGAAUCAGUGAAGAUGUUAACCAGAUGACCUGUUGACUGUAACAUUUGAAGAGAACAAAGAUCACCAGUCAUUCCCUAUUGUAUAGCCCUGUUAUACAGAAUGAAAAGUCCCAAUGUUAUUGUUGAGCAGCUCUCCCCUUUGUCCGCGGCCACCGAGAGCUAGAGCGCAUUAUCUAAUUUCGCAGUACGCACCGCUCCGAGAUAAUGGACUAAUGAACAUCACGUGAUCUGGGCCGUGACCAUUGUGAGAGCAAGGAGCGGUCACGUGGGCGCCAUGUGCCACUACUCAGAUAUCGUUUACAUGUAGGACGCAUUCUUGAGUCCAUAUAUGGUGAUAAAUUGCACAAAAUGGAUCUUUCCCUGGGAUUGCGAGCAGCUGUGGUCACGUGACCGAAAGAUGCGCGGUCUCCGCCAGUAAGAGGGAGGACUGACUGGUCAGGUGAUCUCACGGGGUAACGGUGCUAUAUAAACCGGAGAGCAAGAGAAAGGAGCACAGUUUAUUGCAAACACACAAACUUUAAUUUCUCUUGUUGAUCUUGAUCCGACACUUAUCCAAUCACCAUGGAUGAUGACGUAGCUGCCCUGGUUGUGGACAAUGGGUCCGGUAUGGUAAAGGCCGGCUUUGCCGGAGAUGACGCUCCCCGAGCUGUCUUCCCUUCCAUCGUUGGACGACCCAGACAUCAAGGUGUCAUGGUCGGCAUGGGACAGAAAGACUCCUACGUCGGAGACGAAGCCCAGAGCAAGAGAGGUAUCCUCACCCUGAAGUACCCCAUCGAGCACGGAAUCGUCACCAACUGGGAUGAUAUGGAGAAGAUCUGGCAUCACACCUUCUACAACGAGCUGAGAGUUGCCCCCGAGGAACACCCCGUCCUCUUGACUGAAGCUCCCCUCAACCCCAAAGCCAACAGAGAGAAGAUGACCCAAAUCAUGUUCGAGACCUUCAACACACCCGCCAUGUACGUCGCUAUCCAGGCUGUCCUGUCCCUGUACGCUUCUGGCCGAACCACUGGAAUCGUCAUGGAUUCUGGAGAUGGUGUCUCUCACACAGUCCCAAUCUAUGAAGGUUAUGCACUCCCCCACGCCAUCCUCCGUCUUGAUCUUGCUGGACGUGAUCUGACUGACUACCUCAUGAAGAUCCUGACCGAGAGAGGUUAUGCUUUCACCACCACCGCCGAGAGGGAAAUCGUCAGGGAUGUCAAGGAGAAGCUUUGCUACGUCGCCCUCGACUUCGAGCAGGAGAUGCAGACUGCUGCUAGCUCCAGCUCUCUCGAGAAGUCCUACGAACUCCCCGACGGACAGGUCAUCACCAUUGGAAACGAGCGAUUCAGGUGCCCAGAGGCCCUCUUCCAGCCUUCAUUCCUCGGAAUGGAAUCUGCCGGUAUCCACGAGACUUGCUACAACUCUAUCAUGAAGUGCGAUGUUGACAUCAGGAAGGAUCUGUACGCCAACACCGUCCUCUCCGGAGGAACCACCAUGUUCCCAGGAAUCGCCGACAGGAUGCAGAAGGAGAUCACCGCCCUUGCUCCACCCACCAUGAAGAUCAAGAUCAUUGCUCCUCCAGAGAGGAAAUACUCUGUCUGGAUUGGAGGAUCCAUCCUUGCUUCUCUGUCCACCUUCCAGCAGAUGUGGAUCUCCAAGCAGGAGUAUGAUGAAUCUGGCCCCAGCAUUGUCCACAGGAAAUGCUUCUAAGUCUAAGGACAGGCCGAAAGAUUUCUCGAAAUCGAACAGUAGUUGGACAGUUUCAGUUUUUGCAGUGAAUGUUUUAUUUCUGAGUCUUACAUGAUUUGUUUCUAUUCUAUUUUGUAAAUUUGAACAAUUGUUGCUAAAUGUACUUGCAAUAAAUGGGAAUUACCAUUUUUAAA